UCACUUCCUGUUUAUUUCCGCGUAUGCUUGUGUUUAAAACCAUACAACUGUAACCAUUUUAAACAAAAAUGACCACCACAAGGUCCACAGCUUUUUCCUACAACUAUGCCAUCAUCUGCCGCGUCCCGCGAAGCUUUGCUGAACGUGGAGCACUUGCAGAAGGACGUCAAAUCGAUUACGAGGCCGCUCGCGAUGAGCAUCGGCAGUUGGUUGAUGUUUUGAGGAAAUGUUCUCUAAAUAUCAUCGAGCUACAGGAGGAUGAAGACUACAAAGAUUGCUGUUGUGUAGAGGACUGUGCAGUCAUUAUUGGGGGAACAGCCUUGAUCACUCGGCCAGGACUGAAAGUUAGACAAGGAGAGACAAAAGAGAUCAGACGAGUGUUAAAGUCCGACCUUAAACUUCGAAUUCAAGAAAUACAUGAUGGGUCCGCUACAUUAGAUGGAGGAGAUGUACUGUUUACUGGAAAGGAAAUCUUUGUCGGUAUUGGAAAGAAUACAAAUGAGGCCGGAGCGCAGGCUGUUGCUGAAGCAUUCCCGGAAUAUGUUGUCGUUCCGAUCUACAUGGAGGCGACAAAAGCUCUCCAUCUGAAGUCUCUGUGCAGUAUGGCAGGCAGGCAGGUCAUCGCCGUCAGCUCGUCGGACUGUGGCACAAAGAUUUAUAGGCAAAUCAAGCAGCAGGCCCAGUUCAGUUACGAACUUCUGAAGCUGGAAGAUGACUCUGCGGCCAACAUGAUUUACCUGAAUGGACGCCUCAUUCACCGAACACGAGAUGAGAUGGCGGAUGUUUGCUGGAGUGUACUGGACGAAAAGAUUUUAAACCCUCGCCACCAGACUUCAAUCAACGAGCUUUCGAAGGCGCGCGUGACAUUGUCUAGUCUCGUACUUCUGAUCAACAAGGAAAAGCGUGCACGAAAACUCGUGUCCAACUUGCAAGACGAAGAUAUGGACCGAUACGCAACUAUCAAAACACUUAAAUAGACCAAUCUAAUUAAAACCAUGUACGUCAAGACAGAAACAUUUUAGAGAUCAAGCUUGUUUUUAUAGUAUUCUUAUAACAGGGGUUUUAUAGCCUUGUAUUUUUUGUCAGCCAUUAAACUUAUGCUUGAAUUUGGUAAACAAUGCGUUUAUAUAAAACUUAUGCUUGAAUUUGUUAAACAGUGCGUUUAUAUACAUACAAGAACAUGAUUUCCAGUCAUUAUAAUAAUAAACAAGUUUCGACCUAAAAGUUUUAAAGAAACCCGUUACAAGAUAUACCAGGUAUAUUUGUCACUAAGGACUAUUCCAGUAAAACAUAUACCCCAGGGGGAGGGAGUUACUUUAAUAGUAUAUGUGUGGGUGUCUUUUUUGCUUAUUUGGACCCCGAAAUGGUAUAUUUGCUUCUGUAGGGGGUUGGUAUACUUUAAAAGUGUCUUCCCGCGGGGGUUAUAUGUUUUACUGGAAUAGCCCUUAUAAAAACACUAGGUUUUUGAUGCUGAAAGCAUUUGGAAGUUUUUAGUUUUAAUAGCAUUGUAAUAACUCGUACCAUUCCUCUGCCCCAUUAUUUUGUUUGUGCCCUUAAUUCAUUUCAUGACUAGUUAUAAUCAUAUACCGGGUAGUUAUUUAUAAGGAAUUAGUACUGUAUUUUUGCGCUUUUUUUAACUUAUUAAACAAAAGGUCAUCAUGAAAUAACAAUUUAUGUUUAAUUUAAUAAUGAUUUAUGUUUAGUUUUUCCAUCAUAAGUGUGACAUUUUCAUUCCAUGUCUGUUAAGAUAUACAGCAGUUUAAUUUGUACAUAUGAAUAAUUGUUAAUACAAUAUUUUACGAGGUGUUUUUAUACAUUAUCACUGUAAGACAAACAAAUUUUUGUUUCAUGCUUUUUCCAUGGUUUAUUGAACAAUAUUGGUAGAAUAUAUCUUGAUAUAUUCACUGAUUGAAAAGGUGAAUUUAUCAAGAUUUAGUUUCACUGAUUUUCCUACAUAAGCCUGAUAUUUGAAAAAAACCGCUGUAAAUACAUAAUUGUGCAGGGAAGAAAAAUCAGAGACAUAAUUUCUGGAAUAUCGUCAUUAAUUUGGCUCCAAUUUGAAAAUUUAAAAUAAUUUUUAUAUAACAUCAAUAAACUUUUAUUUUUAAAUGAAUUGAAAACAUGAAAUAAAAAAAAAUAAAAAAUCUGUGAAGGUGUAAUUUUGUAAUAUAUUUCACAUUGUGAACACCAAAACUGUAAGUUUACUCGUGAAAUACAGCUUUUUGUGCUCACACUUUGCUGCGCAUUACUUUACUCUGAAUUUUUUUUUACUGCUAUAUACAAGCCAAGGUCUUCAGUGAUCACAUUUAGGUUGCAUUGAUUCGAGUGUUGUUAGUUCCCUACCUUUUUAUAACAAUUUAUUUUUUGAAUCUCUUAUUGUCAUUAAGUAAAAAACUGAUAUACAUGAGAGUAUGAUAUAAUAUAAAUAUUUGUUUUUUUAAACAAAAAAUAAAUUGUUUAGUUUUCUGUUAAGUUUAACAGAGCUAUAAAGUGUAAAUGUAGGUGUUAAAAAUUUUCAUGCUCUUGUUUGCAGAAAUGUUAAAUACUUUAAAACAAGGAUUACUUUUAUUUUACACUUUGCUUAAAUUGCUUAUCAUUAUAACACUACAUUUAGGUCUGUGUGGCCAUUUCAGGGCAAAGUAUACAUUUAUAAGCAUUAGAAAGUUAACUUUUGUGGCUUUUUGAUUGAUUGAUUGAUUGAUCUGAUUGAUUGUCUGACUGAUUGAUUGAAUGAUUGAUUGAUUGAUUGACAGUCAUCAAAAUAAGUCUUUUGGAUGAACAAGCCGGAAUUCUUAUAAUAUUGCUUGGCAUCAAAUUUUUUAACAAGCCCUGCUAUAUAAAAUUCAGAAUUUAAGCAAGCCCGAAAGACGCUUAACCAGUGCAGGGCUUGCGGGCUUGUGCUAAUUUCAACCACUGGAUUGAUUGAUUGAUUUAUUGCUGUUUAUUCAGUUUAAGAUAUACUUGAUGAACAAUUCCUACAUAAUACAUUGAGAAAAAUGAUUACAUUAAGCCGUACUUGAAAAUACAUCACAUAAAAUUAUCACAACAUGCUUAAUUUGAAAAUAUUGACAAAAUUCUUUGGCUACAAAAUAUCUUUGGACUAAGAACUUAAAAACUUUGAUAAAAAUUGAUAACUUGACUUUAGACAGAUAAAUUAAUUUUUAUGUGUGAUGGAUGGCCCAUGUAAGUCUGAAGGUUUUCAUGGAGCCUCUGUGGU